AUGAAACCCGAACGUAAUGUGAUUAUUGCAGCCACCGGAAGUGUGGCUACCAUUAAGUUAUCUGCCUUAAUAAUCGCUUUAAGUGAUGAACAGUUACCCUAUAAAUUUAAUUUAAAAGUUAUCAUUACCGAAGCAGCCAAACAUUUUUUUGAACUAGAGCAAAUACCCGAAAAUGUUCCUAUCUAUCAUAAUCGUGAUGAGUGGAUUAAUUGGAAUAAACGCGGGGAUCCUGUGAUCCAUAUUGAUUUGGGCAAAUGGGCGGAUCUUCUGGUGAUUGCCCCACUUAGUGCAAAUUCUUUAUCCAAAAUAGCCUCUGGGAUUUGUGAUAAUUUCGUGAUGUGUGUUGUACGCGCUUGGAAUUUGGAGAAACCAUUACUUUUCGCACCUGCCAUGAAUACCCGAAUGUAUGAUCAUCCCAUUACAAAGGAGCAAAUUGAUAAGCUAAUCAGUUGGGGUUACAAAGAAAUUCCCUGCAUUUCCAAGACUUUGAUGUGCGGUGAUACGGGAAAUGGUGCCAUGGCAGAGGUCUCGACCAUCAAAGAUUCUGUUGUGGCUGCUUUUCAAUUACAACAUCCAACUGAAUAAAAAAUAAUUAUAAUUUGUUAUGAGAAAAUA